CUCCGCGUGUCUGAACGCGCUCUGCCUUUCUCUUUCCACCAGCCGGGUCUGCACGUUUUGCUUCUGGCUUUGGGUUGACCUUUGCAGGAGUGGCAAAAAUAAAUAAGUAAAUAAUAAUAAAAAAACCCAGAACUCUCCCUAACUGUAUAUGCGCAAGCAUUAUUCCAUCCUCUGGGAAGAACAAAACCGGCCUUCAGCUUCUCGGCAUCGGCACCAUGAGUCAGGAAAUCACCACCAAGAUAUUCUGCUCGGAAGUGACCUGUUCCAUUUGCCUGGAGUAUUUCAGAGAUCCCGUGAUGCUUCCGUGUGGGCACAAUUUCUGCCACGACUGCGUUAUGAAAUACUGGCGGGAGUUUGUAUUGAAAUACACUUGCCCUCAGUGCAAAAUGGUCACCGACGCUGAGGGUGUUCUCCCAAACAAAUCCCUGGAAAAAUUUGCAAGGUUGCUCGAACAGCUGAAGCAGGAGGCAGGAGGCAAAGAGUCCUGCGAGAAACAUCAGGCGCCUUGGGAAUAUUUCUGCAAGAAUCACCAAGCCCCCUUCUGCAAGUGGUGUGCUGGAUCCAAAGAUCACGAAGGUCACGUCAAGAUCUCCUUGGAGCAAGCAACCCAAGAAUUUAAGGAUUAUUUCCGCGAGUUCCUUGUUUAUAUAGAGAAUCAGAAAAGUGCAAUUCUGAGGAAUAAAACGUGUAUAGAAAAAGAAAGCCUAGAUGUAAUCAAAUCAACAGAGACCUUGAAGAAAGAGAUGGAGGAUACAUUUGAGGGGCUACGCCGCUUUCUGAACAGUGAAGAGCAUACUCAGAUCAGCAAAAUCAACGAGGUGGAAAAAAUAGUUUCCCAGAAGCGGGAGGAACGAAUGGAUGAGCUUUUUCAGGAAUUCUCUUCUUGCGAUAAGAUGAUGCGAGAAUUGCAAAAGAAAUGUAGCCAGCAAGCAAAUGAUCUCCUGCAGGAUAUAAGCAGCACUCUGGAGAGGUGUAAAAAGAAGGAGAUUCUGCAACAUCUCAAGCUUUUCCCUCCUAACCAUCAAUGGGAAUUAUGGAAUGUUUGGGAUGCUAACAUCUUUCUGAAGUGUGCCAUCAAUCAAUUCCAAGAAACUCUGCCGUUGGGGUUGUCCCUGCAGCAAGCGGUGAUAACUUUAGACAAGGAGACGGCUCAUCCCUUGCUCAUCCUAUCGAAGGACUGCAAAAGCGUGACUCUGGGAAACGAGGUGCAAUACUAUCCAAAGACUCAUAAACGAUUUGACACGAGCCACAGCGUGCUGGGUUGUGAGGAGUUAAAGGAGGGCCGGAACUAUUGGGACAUUUCCAUGGGCAACGAUGGGGAAUGGACUGUGGGUGUGGCCCGAAAAUCUGUGAAGAGGAAGAAUGCAAUCUCCAUUGAGCCCAAAAGUGGCAUUUGGGCCAUCGGGAAGCGUGCCAAUGAAUAUUUUGCUUUUGACUCUCCAAAUUGUUCUCGGCUGCAACCCAAUCGGGAGCUGAGAAGGAUUCGGGUGUUUUUUAAUUACGUCGGGAAGCAUGUGUCUUUCUUUGACGCCGAUGAAGCAAGCAUACUCCAUCAUACCUACACAAGCACGGUCUCCAAAGAGGCCUUUGUUCCUUUUUUUCACCUCUCUCACAAGGCUGUUCUCACACUGACUCCCUUUCCCAAUUCUGGUAGAAGAAGAGACAUGGAUCUGCAGCAGAUUGUACAGAAGCUACUACGAGAACUAACCUGCUCCAUUUGUUUCAGGAAUUUCUUAAAUCCGACAACGCUUUCCUGUGGGCACAAUUUCUGCCAUUCCUGCCUUGUGAGUUACUGGGGCCAAUUUCCCAUCGGGACCACAUGCCCUCAUUGUCAGGAGCAAGUUCCUCAACUGACCUUUAUACCAAACGUCCAGCUGACGAAUAUUAUAAAACUGGUCGAAGAGUUGUGCAUUGAUAUAAAGCAAAUCGCAACAGAGGGCCGUGUUUGUAAGAAGCACCCUCCAACUCUCAAGGCUUUCUGCAGGAAUGAGCUUGUCCUCUUCUGUUCGAUGUGUGAUUUAUCUCAGGAGCAUCUGACUCACGAUGUUAUCCCUGUGGCUGAAGCUGCCCAAGAGUACAAGGGCCAGUUGUUAAAUGUCAUGGGGACUUUAAAGAAUGAGAAAAAAAGGUUUUCAAAACAUCGCACGGACGAAGGAACUGAAGUUGUCUUCCUAAUUCAACGAAUAGAACGAGAGAGGCAGUUUGUCAUAGCUGAAUUUAAUGCAAUACGCCAAUUUUUGGAAGAACAAGAGAACUAUCUGCUGCGUAAAGUUGUGGAAAGCUUAGAGAAGGGGAUGCUGUGGAAAAAGGCUAAGCAUGCAGCCAUCUUUUUCCGGGAAGUCUCAGCUUUUGAUGAACUUAUCCAGACAGCCAAAGAGAAGUGCCAACAAUCAGCAACUGACCUUCUGCAGGAUGUGGGAAGCACUCUUAACAGGUGCAAGCAAACACUUACGAAUCCAGUAAUGCUUCCUCCAUGGGUGAAAUUCAGAGUCUGGGAUUUAUUUGACUUCAAUAACUUUCUAGGGACUCUCAUGAAACAAUUCAAAGAUACCCUGGUAUCUGGAUAUCAGAUUCAGAAAGCAAAUGUGACUCUGGAUCCUGACACAGCUCAUCCCCAGAUCAUUCUCUCAGAAGAUCUUAAAAGCUUCUGGUUGGGAAGAAAAAGCCAAAAACUCAUCAUGGACGACAAGAGAUUUGACCUCAUGAUGUGUGUGUUGGGACGCGAGAUGUUCGUCGCUGGCAGGCAUUACUGGGAUGUUGCUGUGGAAAAUGAGGGCUACUGGGGUGUUGGAGUUGCCAGACGUUCAGUGAAGAGAAAGGGUGUUGAGGGCUUUAGUACAAUGGAAGGGAUUUGGGCAAUGGCAAAGGGUAGUGGCACCUUGUGGGUGCACAUGAACCCCCCAGCUUUUGUGUCUUGGCCAAUGGGUUGGAAGAUCAAGAAGAUUCGAGUCUCUCUGAACUACCCUGGAGGCCGGGUGACUUUUUGUGAUGGCGAGAGAGGAAACCUGCUCCAUUGCUUCUCAGGAAUUUCAUUUGCUGGAGAACCCAUUUGCCCUUUCUUUUGGAUUCAGAAUAAAGCCCGUCUCUCGCUUUGUCCCUAAGGCAGAAAAUCCAUCACCAGAUCCUUCUGUCUCUAGAUCUCGGGGGCCUCUUUCUAUCAGUUUUCCCUUUAUCUCUGUUCUUCCUCUCCAUCUCAUCCUCAGCACCAAACACUUGGGAUGAAUUUCAGCUGCAAACUGGUGCGAUGUAGAAUGAAUCUUACCGUACAAAGUUGGUACGUACUUUUUAAUGGAGCCAUACCUGAUGGGAAAAUCCACCAGACUUUGGAAGGAUCAAAAUUCCCAGGUAGUGCUGGAGGGUGCUAUGUUGAGGAAGACUGUCUUGGCUAUUUUAUCAUUUUAAUCUUUAACGGAGGCUUCCAAUUAAAAGUUUUAGUGUGGGGGUGGGGUGGGGGCGGAAGCAGCUCUUAAUAUGGAGAAAUAGAGCUGAACACAAUCGUUUCAGGGGAUGCUAUUUUGAACACGCGCACACUUUUUGUUAAUCACGGCGGGUUGAAUUGUAGUUAAGCGUAAACAGAUCGGGAUACUCACGUUUAAAAACACCAUUCUUUUGCAUAAUAAAGGUGAAAAACAGUUGGUUUUUUUUUUAGAAUUUAAUAUGUGGUUUUUAAUAAAGGAUUAUUAUCCCCCA